AUGCAUCUGAUGAAGGGAUUACUUGCGAUUGCCUGCCUGGCUGUGUUUGUCAAUGCCAAAACCCAGAACUUCCAGGUCCUAGGCCGCCAGCGGGAAGAGUCCGGCUCCCAUGUACGACUCAGCUCCGCGCAAAUCAGCGAUCUUAUUAACAGCCUUCAGGGCAGGACAAGGAGCACCCCCACCGCAACUGCCACCGACGUUCCCUCCACCACCACCACGAGUACUCCCGUCGGUCGCACCACCUACACGGGCACCCCGAUCUCGACCACCACCCCCUCAGCCACAAGCGAGAGAUACCGCAACAAGAACAUCAACGACGAUCUUGAGGAGGACGACGAUGAUGAGGAGCAGGAUGUGCAGGAAGCCGUCUACCAGCUGGCCGCCCACUCGCAGUCCAGCCGCCGCCGUCAGUUGGCGAAGGCCCGCGGUCAGCGCCAGAGCAUGCAGCAGCGAUUCCGUCGCCGCCAGCCACAGCAGAAGCGUCGCCGCCAACAGAAGCAGCAGAAGCGCCGCCAGCAGCAGAAGCGUUCCCAGCAGCAGAAGCUUCGCCAGCGCCGCAACCGCCGCCAAAACAUGAGCCCUGUCCGCCGUUCACAAGCCACGCCGAACAGGAACCGAUCCAUCCGCAUUGGCGGAGGAAGAACCUAA